AUGACGUAUCAGAUCUUAACAGAAAACGUCGUCAAACCUGAUCUGGAUGAUCGUUCAUACAGAGUCAUCGAACUCCCCAAUAAACUUAGAGCAUUGCUGAUUCAUGAUCCAACUACGGAUAAAGCCGCUGCCUCUCUGGAUGUGAACGUUGGGAACUUUUAUGAUCCAAAAGAUCUGCCCGGACUCGCCCAUUUUUGUGAGCAUCUGCUCUUCAUGGGUACAGAAAAAUACCCUCAAGAGAAUGAGUACUCUUCCUAUUUAUCUUCACAUUCAGGCCGUUCAAAUGCAUACACCUCUUCGCAGGAUACAAACUAUCAUUUUGAGAUCGAUGCCAACUUCCUAGAGGGCGCUCUGGACAGAUUUGCUCAGUUUUUCAUUUCUCCCCUAUUUUCCAAGAGUUGCAAAGACAGAGAAAUCCAAGCCGUGGAUAGUGAAAAUAAGAAAAACUUACAGAAUGACGAUUGGAGAUUGCAUCAACUUGAUAAAUCUAUCACCUCUCUAAAACAUCCUUACAAUAACUUCAGCACCGGUAACAUACAGACUCUGCAGGAUAUCCCUCAAUCUCAGAAUAUGGAUGUUAGAGACGAGCUACUGAAAUUUCAUGAUGCGUACUACUCUGCCAACAUCAUGAGAUUGGUUGUACUGGGGAAAGAAGAUCUGGAUACUUUGACCAGUUGGACCGUCUCCAAGUUCUCUGCGAUUGCCAAUUCCGAAGCUUCCAGGCCUUAUUUCCCUGAUCCUCCCUACACUUCGAAAGAGUUGGGAAUUGUGAUCAAGGCUAAACCUGUUAUGGAUAAAAGAGUUCUGGAAAUUGCGUUUCCAAUACCAGAUCAAGCUGAACACUGGGGGUUCAAACCUCAAAGAUAUUUCUCCCAUCUAAUCGGGCAUGAAAGUAAAGGUUCUUUAUUCGAACUAUUAAAGACAAAAGGCUGGGCUACCGACCUUUCCAGUGGAGCGGUUAACAUAUCCAAAGACUACAGCACUUUUCUCAUUGAAAUUGAUCUUACACCUCAAGGGCUAUCACGCUACGAGGAGAUCAUUUAUUUAAUUUUCCAGUAUAUCGAACUUCUACGCCAAACAGGCCCUCAAAGGUGGAUAUUCGAAGAACUGAAAGACGUCAGUUACAUGAACUUCAAAUUCAGACAAAAAGCUAGAGCAGCCUCCACCGUCUCAUCCCUUUCCAGACAGUUACAGAAAGAUGAUUACAUUCCAAUGGAAAACAUUUUGGAUAAUUCUGUUUUGAGAGAAUGGGAUGACAAGUUAAUCUCUGAUUUUCUUACAUAUUUAACACCUGACAACUUUAGAAUAAUGGUAGUAGCGCCAGAAUUUGAGGAGUCCGAUUUACCUCUUCGUGAGAAAUGGUAUGGGACUGCGUACAGCGUGAUUCCAUUUGAUCCAAAUUUUUUAGAUUCUUUGAAAAUAGUGGAGUUGCAUCCUGAAUUACACUUACCCAUUGCAAAUGAGUUCAUACCAAAAAAUUUUGAGGUUAGAAAGUUUGAUGUCGAUGAGCCUUUAAAGACACCAAAAUUGAUCAAAGAUUCUCCAAAUUCUCGUAUCUGGUUCAAGAAGGAUGACCAAUUUUGGGUUCCCAAAGGAUCAGUGACAAUAAAACUGCAAUUACCAAUCACUCAAGUGUCCGUUUUGAACUAUUCGCUGACCACCCUAUACACUGCUUUGGUUGAAGACUUUUUGAACGACAUUGCCUACGAUGCAGCCAUCGUUGGCCUUAGAUUUACGUUAGAUUCUACGACCACAGGGCUACGACUUAAAGUAGAAGGUUAUAACGACAAACUGGUCAAGUUUUUGGAUACCAUUAUUGAUAAAAUUAUAGACUUUACUCCCACUCAAGAAAGAUACAAUGUGAUCCGGGAGAAAACCAUCAGACAACUCAAAAAUUUCCACUAUUACCCCCCAUUCCAAAUUAUAAGCCAGUAUGGUUCAACUUUAUUGAAUGACAAGACCUACCUGAACGAGGAGACCAUGAAAUGCCUAGAAACGGAAAUUACUUACGGUAAGCUCGUAAACUUUAUUCCUACCAUGUACAAUGAGCUUUAUUCUGAGAUUCUGGUUCACGGGAACUUUGAGAGAUCACAAGCUUUUGAGAUUGGAACUCAUUUUAAAGAAAAAAUUCACAGGUUGAACAAAGCUAUCGAUGUCUUGGCUGAAUCAGAUGUUAAAACAAACAGAUCUGUUUUGUUACCAACAAACCAAACAUACAGAUUCGACCAUGAGCUUCCCGAUAAGAACAACACCAACUCUUGCACCGAUUAUUUUAUUCAGGUUGGUGAACAUGCACAAGAUGUAAGAUUAUACAACUUGUUGGCACUGUUUUCCCAAAUAGUUCAUGAGCCCUGCUUCAACAGAUUACGUACGAAUGAACAGUUGGGCUAUGUUGUUUUCAGCGGAGUCAGAAAAACCAGAACUACUUGUGGAUUCCGUAUCUUGGUACAAAGUGAGAGAACUACCGAUUACUUGGAAUACAGAAUUUACGAGUUUCUCAAGAAAGUUGACAGCUACUUGCUUGCUAUCUCAGAAGAGGAGUUUAAAGAGCACGUCGAUGCCUUGAUUUCAAAGAAUUUACAAAAACUAAAGAAUUUGGGUGAAGAGUAUAGCAGAUUCUGGAAUGAAAUAACCAUUGGCACUUACGACUUUUUAGCCCAUGAAACUAGCGUGAAGUAUCUGAAGCAGUUUUCUAAGCAGGAUGUCAUUGAUUUCUACCGUCAACACAUCAUAAAUGAAAAGGCACCAAAACUGAUAGUGAACUUGAAGGCUCAAUCGCCUUCGCCUCAAACACCAUUCAAACUUGUGAACUCGUCUGUUCUCAACUAUCUAUCUCAGAACGAGAUCAAAGUUUCUGUUGAAGACGUGGAAGCUAUUUUGACGACUCAUAAAGAUGAAGAAUUCAAGGAUAGAAAAGAUAUCGAGAAGUUGCUCACCAAUGAUGAUUUCAGAGAAUUGCUACCCAAAGAAACUGAAUUGCAGCCAUUUAUUGACUAUGUCUAUGAGAUGUUGGUUGAACCUGUUCCAAAGGGUUAUCCUACAGGGUCUUUGAUUACUCAUAUUGGAUCGUGGAAGGGAUCGAUGGCUCUUACCCAAGCCGUUCAACCUGUCGUUCCACUCGAGACUUUUCACGACGAAAACACAAUUGUUGCCCAGUCGAAACUAUGA